UACGAACCAUUUUAGAUCUUUGUUCAAGUAAUCGUGUUUCAAGUAUUGAACAUUUAUAAUGAUAUUCUCGUCAAUAUCAACGAAGAUUAAAGUUUAUGGUCGAAGAAACGGCAAUGUAUGACGUACAAAAAUGACGAUGUAUCACAAAUUCGAGAAUGCCAUUCUUGUGAUGAAUGAUGAUGGAUGACAUGACAGCCGAACAAAAAUUACGGCGUGGAUUUAUGGUUAAAAAAUUUGCGAAAAUCUGUUGACUGUGUCUCGAAAUAGAUGUUAGAAUUUAAUUAACAGCGUUGUUGCAUGGUGAUUGAUAGUUAAACUUACAAGUUGUUGAUGUCAAUAUAAUGACCGAUAAUUCAAAAGUUUCGAGGCAAAGUUUGUGCAUAUCAUUGUCGUUAGCGCGUAAGUCGGGCUCUCCGGUGUUUGGAGUGUUAUAGCAGCGGUGGACAGUGUUAAAGGAGAUGGUGUCGAUGGUGAUAGCAAACGGAUCGAAAGAGAACUAUAUUUGAUUGUGUAUACUGGAGAUAUUGGAGUAGAUAUUUGUUAAUAUGUAUCCAACAGCUACGCGGCACCCGGCUGCCGCGGUAAGGGGACCGCAGCCGCCGUCAGGACCUAUCAAAUUCACUAUAGCAGACACACUAGAGCGUAUAAAAGAGGAAUUCAACUUUCUUCAAGCUCAGUACCAUACUCUGAAAUUGGAAUGUGAGAAACUGGCCAGUGAGAAGACGGAAAUGCAGAGGCAUUAUGUUAUGUAUUAUGAAAUGUCAUAUGGUCUAAACGUGGAGAUGCAUAAGCAGACAGAAAUCGCAAAGAGAUUAAGUGCAAUCAUAGGACAGGUGCUUCCCUUCUUAGCGCAGGAACAUCAGCAACAGGUGGCCUCUGCAGUGGAAAGAGCUAAACAAGUCACCAUGUCUGAACUCAACGCCAUCAUUGGGCAACAACAACAGCAGGGUCUGCAGCAACUGCUUCAGCAAAUCCACGCCAGCGCGGGCCUGUCGCACGGGGUGGGCGGCGUCGGGGGCGCGGCCGGGCUGCUGGGCGCCGGCGGACUCUUGUUCGCGCCGGGGGGCGGGCCUCCUCCCCCGCCACAUCUACCCCCGCCCGCACACAAGGUGGAGCUACCCCCGCCGGCAGACAUAAAGCCACCAGUGCUGCCGGGCGGGCCGGCGCCCCCUCCACUCUUGCCUGGCCAGCCACCGCCCAGGGAUGAGGACAGGCUCAGCUCCAGGGUGCUACAACAGCAAAGGAGAUCAGUAUCCCCUCACGAACGUGAGCAGAAGUACCGGCCGCGCUCGCCGGUCGAGCCGGAGGCGUUGGAUGUGAAGCGAAGAAAGGAAGAGAAGGUACUCGGUCAUGUGAGUCUAUGUAGUGACAGCGAUGCUGAAAAAAGUGAUCAAGAUCUUGUUGUUGAUGUGGCUAAUGAGGAGGAAAGAGGUUCGCCGAGUGUUCGUACAGAGGGUGGGGAGAGAACGGAGAAUGGUCCGCGACCUCCCUCGAGGUCUGGCUCCUCGUCAAGUCGCUCCACGCCGAAGAGUUCCAAAGACGAGAAGCCUGGCACGCCAGGCGGUAAGUUAGCUCGCGCUCCAACGCCGACGGGUGGGCGGGGCGGGGCGUACCCGUUUCCGCCGUACGCAGCGUACCGGGCGGCUGCGCCUGCGCCGCCCUUACCCAUGCACUACGACUCACAUCACAGGACCAAUGGGAUCGCACCCACUAAACCCGCGUACUCGUACCACUCGUGCGGCGGGCCGCUGCAGCCGGUGGGGUUCCCGGCGGACGCGCUGGGCGGCGCGGGCGUGCCGCGCGGCGCGCGCCCCGUGGCGGCGCUGGCGCACGGCGAGGUCGUCUGCGCCGUCGCGCUCUCGCAGGCCAACGGCGCGCGCCACGCCUACACCGGCGGCAAGGGCUGCGUCAAGCUCUGGGACAUCUCCAACCCCGGCUCCCCCGCCGCGCUCGAGCCGCUGUCGCAGCUCGAUUGCUUGCAAAGGGACAACUACAUUCGUUCAGUGAAGCUGUUACCGGACGGUCGCACGCUGAUAGUGGGCGGCGAGGCGUCCAACCUGUCGAUAUGGGACCUCGCCUCGCCCACGCCGCGCAUGCGCGCUGAGCUCACCUCCUCCGCGCCCGCAUGCUAUGCGCUGGCCAUCAGUCCAGACUCCAAGGUCUGCUUCAGCUGUUGUUCGGAUGGCAACAUAGCGGUGUGGGACCUUCAGAACCAAACAUUAGUUAGACAAUUCCAAGGGCAUACAGACGGAGCGUCGUGUAUCGACAUAAGCGGCGACGGGACGCGACUAUGGACGGGCGGGCUGGACAACACGGUCCGCUCCUGGGACCUGCGCGAGGGACGACAGCUGCAUCAACACGACUUCUCCAGCCAGAUCUUCUCGCUCGGAUACUGCCCCACUGGGUCGUGGCUGGCGGUGGGCAUGGAGAACUCUCACGUGGAGGUGUUGCACGCGGGCAAGGCGGACCGCUACCAGUUGUUGCUGCACGAGUCCUGCGUGCUCUCGCUCAAGUUCGCGGCCGCCGGCAAGUGGUUCAUCUCCACCGGGAAGGACAAUCUGCUCAACGCCUGGCGCACGCCCUACGGAGCUAGCAUAUUCCAGUCCAAGGAGUCGUCAUCGGUGCUCAGUUGUGAUAUAUCGGCGGACGAUAAGUACAUAGUGACGGGUUCUGGUGACAAAAAGGCGACUGUCUACGAAGUGAUGUACUGAAGUGUUAGUGUCAGUAAUCUCAUAAGUCAUAGGCAAUAAAUGAACGUUGUUCGAGGUCCAGUGCGCAGUGAGAGCGGUUUUAUAUCAAACUUCAGUUGUCUGUACACAUUGUUAUUGUUUUAAAGUUUAUCGAUCCGAUACGUCGGUAGUUUAAGUGGUGAAAUGAUUAAGAAGCUUGUACACGGAGUCAAAUAAAACGAGAUAAAACAUAUUCUCAU